AUGUUGGAUUUCGAGGAUAGCGCGUCUGAGCGCGAGAAAUGCUUCACCACCAUCACUCAACUGCCCGCCUUCGUGGAUCCCAAGCAGAUCCCGAGCAAGAAAUCACCCUUCUCCGCCAUUCUCAACCACCCUCUGACACAUACGGUCGAGGUCAUCCUUCCAGAGGCAGUCUAUACCAGCAUUCAGCCAUCAUUAGAUGCAAAAUUGACUAAGCCUCGAUAUGCUCGAGUAUUCAUGUCCCCUGCUGAUAUGCUCGAGGGUGAUUUCUUCAACACAUAUAUAAAAUCCGGAAAUGUCAUCAUGAUCUCUGAAGGCCGUUCCGGUUCGGAUACCGUAUUUACCCUCCACAAUGGGAUCUGCAAAAUUGAACUGGGAAAAGAAAUACAUGAACGCACAGGGCUGAACGGAAAGCCCAUCCGCAGCGGUGGCAGGAAGCAUGAAAAGGAAAGAUUUGUGAUUGAAUUAAACCUUCGACUACCUUCAAUGUUGCAUGGCAAAAAGGGGUUUGAGCGAAUUGUCUGGGCCUUCAAAAAUGUUCUCAAUCAGUCCCUGGCAUGGCUCUUCUGCGACCUGGAUCCCACAAGCCAGAAUGAUGAAUCCAAACCUAUUAAGAAUCUUCACCCACAGCUUCUGGAAUCAGCACCAACACAAACUAAACUCGAAGGUGUCCUGACCCCGUCCCUGCAAAAAUUAGUAUCGAAAGAGAUGCCUGAGGCAGUAAUCCAAGAUCGAUGCGGUGGACUUUCCGAAUGGAUUGCCAUGGUUCAACUUCGAUCACCCCAUAUUUCUACCGGAGAUUCAGUCGACCCGUAUCUCAGUCGCUACAGUGUACCAGAGUUUGAUGAGAAGGCGACCCUUGAUCUGGUUUGCCUAAAAUGGCAUGGUUUCAUUUCAUCGGCUUGGACUAUGCAGAUUUUUUUGAAUCUCUUGUCAACAACGGCAAAGCUUACUUCGGUCGAUCCUUCCCCUUGGUUUGUGAUUUCGUCAUCGGCAUUGGAUAGGCAUGCUGUUGAGGGAAGAGAUGGAUUCAGCAUCGCAGUUUCCCCAGACAUACUGUCGUCGAAUACACGGAUAGAGGCAGAGGCAGAGACCCAAGACCGUGAAGCCACUGCGCUGAAUACUCGACAUGCCAUUUGUUGGGAAUUUGUGGGCGCUUCUAGCCCAUGA